UGCGGGGAGGAUGGAGACAGGGCGCGAGCACCCGGUGUGGGGUGCAGAGAAGGGGGCUGUGGAAGCCGGGAGCGGGGCCAGGAGCCAGCGCUGGAGCAGGGCGCACGGCCCGCCAGCCGCCGGCCGCUAGGGGAGGGGGGAAGAAAGGACGGACGGACUGACGGACUCGCUGACCGGACUAGCUCCCCACGCGGGCCGGCUCGGUGCCGCCAGCCUCCCCGCCGCCCUCGCGGCUGCAGCCUCCUCCCGCGGCACGCCGGGCCCCGCCGGGCCCUCGGGACGUGUCAGCGCCCCAACCCCGGCGUCCGCCGCGGCAGCCGCCGGCCUCCCCCCGCGAGCAGGGGGAGGGACCGCUGUGGCUCCCGUUCUCCCCGCCCAGCUGCCCGCUCCCCCCGCCGCAGCCAGCUCUGCCACCGCGCUGGGCUCACGCGGCGGCGCUGACCUGGGAAGGGGCGCCCUCCGCUCGGCGAGCGUCCGGUGAAGGCGGAGGCGGCGGCGGCUCCAGGGCCGCCCGGGUCGGCGCUGCCUGCUGAGCGGGCGCUGGAGGCCGGCGGUGCUGGGAGUGUGCGGAGGCGGCGGGGCCGCGGACGGAGCGACGCGUGGCGGCGGAGCGGAGCGUGAGAGGCUGGGAGCAGGGGUGGGGGCGCUGGAGCCGCGGCUCUCCGGCGGCUUCGAGUCCCGCUCCCCGCCCCCCGACGCGGAAUUAGCCGCCCGCCUGCACUCGGGCGGGCGCCCGUGGACCCUUCAGCUCAGCCCACCACCGCUCGGCCCGCCCUGGCGCUGGGGGCCGGGUACCAGGGCGGCGUGGGGCUAGGGCUAGGCUCUCUGAUUCAUUCAUUCUCCGCCGACGGGAGCCUCGGACCUGCUGUGCUCGGGAGAGGAGGGCAGAGUGGGCAGCCGCGAAUGAAGGGCCGGGCGGAAGCCGGGCUCCAUUGUGCUCGGCGGCGGGGGGCGGGAAGGGGCUGAGGGAGGUGGGAUCGGCCCCCUCCCCCUGCUCUCCGGCACCCGCUGCGCCCCCAGCCUGCUGCCCGCCUGGAAAUGGCUCCGUUUAUUCUCGGGAGAAUGAAUCGAUCCUGCCCAGCCUUCUCUGCCUCCUCCCCGCCUCUUCUCGGCUCCGAGUCUUAGGAGGGAGAAAAAAAUAUAUAAAAGACAGACUCCAAUGUGGAGUGUUGUGCACGUCGCGAGCUGCCGGGUUUGCACCUCGAGGAGAUUUUUCUAUAUAGCCUUUUUCUAAUGUGAGUGCAGGGAAGCAGUGGCAUUGCUGCUUUUAGGAUUUUUAUUUUCUCGUAGGGCUCUCUAUAAAGUGCACGUCGCAUUGGGUUGCACGCUCCACCCCCCGGGACCUGGGGUGGUGGAGAAAUUUGAACCCGCAGCCUUACUAGCACCGAAAAGACCGAGUUACCUGCCUCUCCGAGAGUGGCGGAGGACCUGAGCGAAAUGACCACCCAAGUCAUUUUUCCUAGGACUCUGUGAAGCUGGAUUCUGCGUUUUCCAACACGUAGACUCAUUUUGUGGAAUAGAGUUGACCGCUGUCUCCUCCGCGCAGCAUUUUAACUCUAAUAAGCAAAUGCCACCUCUGUGUGAACGUUUUGGUAUUUCUGAGAGAGAAAUCAUUUUAUACAAGGGAACUAAUUGAAUUGUCAGCAUUACUGAAAUACCUCCAGAAAAGGACCUCGGGGGGUGGAAAAGCAACUGCGAAAUAGCAGAAGGAGAAAUUCCUCUGGAAGUUAUUCCGUAGCCUAAGAGCAGAAACUUCAGAGCAAGUUUUCAUUGGGCAAAAUGGGGGAACAACCCAUCUUCAGCACUCGUGCUCAUGUCUUCCAGAUUGACCCAAACACAAAGAAGAACUGGGUACCCACCAGCAAGCACGCAGUUACUGUGUCUUAUUUCUAUGACAGCACAAGAAAUGUCUAUAGGAUAAUCAGUUUAGAUGGCUCAAAGGCAAUAAUUAAUAGCACCAUCACCCCAAACAUGACAUUUACGAAAACAUCUCAGAAGUUUGGCCAGUGGGCCGAUAGCCGGGCAAACACUGUUUAUGGACUGGGAUUCUCUUCUGAGCAUCAUCUUUCAAAAUUUGCAGAAAAGUUUCAGGAAUUUAAAGAAGCUGCUCGACUAGCAAAGGAGAAAUCACAAGAAAAGAUGGAACUUACCAGUACACCUUCACAGGAAUCGGCAGGCGGGGAUCUUCAGUCUCCUUUAACACCAGAAAGUAUCAAUGGGACAGACGACGAAAGAACACCUGAUGUCACCCAGAACUCAGAGUCAAGGGCUGAACCAACUCAGAAUGCAUUGCCAUUUUCACAUAGUUCAGCAAUCAGCAAACAUUGGGAGGCUGAACUGGCUACCCUCAAAGGAAAUAAUGCCAAACUCACUGCAGCCCUGUUGGAGUCUACUGCCAAUGUGAAACAAUGGAAACAGCAACUUGCUGCAUAUCAAGAGGAAGCAGAACGUCUGCACAAGCGGGUGACUGAGCUUGAAUGUGUUAGUAGUCAAGCAAAUGCAGUGCAUACCCAUAAGACAGAAUUAAAUCAGACAAUACAAGAACUGGAAGAAACACUGAAAGAAAAGGAAGAGGAAAUAGAAAGAUUAAAACAAGAAAUUGAUAACGCCAGAGAACUCCAAGAACAGAGGGACUCUCUGACUCAGAAACUGCAGGAAGUAGAAAUUCGGAACAAAGACCUGGAGGGACAACUGUCUGACUUAGAGCAACGUCUGGAGAAAAGUCAGAGCGAACAAGAAGCUUUUCGUAAUAACCUGAAGACGCUCUUAGACAUUCUCGAUGGGAAAAUAUUUGAACUAACAGAGUUACGAGAUAACCUGGCCAAGCUUCUAGAAUGCAGCUAAGGAAAGUGAAAUUUCAGUGCCAAUUGAUUAAAAAAUACACUGUCUCCCUUCAUAGGACUGUUUGGGCUCUGCAUCAAGAUUGCACAAAAAAUUUAAAUAUCACUCCUCCGGGAGGAGGAUUUUUUUGAAAAUUGGAAUUGUAUAUUUCAGUGUAAAUUUUAGAAUCCAGCUUUUAGCUAGUUGGGGAAAAAAGAGAUGAAACACUUGAACUACAAAUUACCUCCAUGUAUAUUAUUGGCCAUAGUUAACUAGAAAAUUAUAAAUAGACACUUAAUGCAAUCCUUUUCUUCUUUUUCCUGAUAUUAGCCAAUGGGAGAAUUAAUAAUGUCUGGGUCACAUCCCCCUUUUGUGUUCAACACAGUGAAGGCUAUCUGCUUUUUAACUUAAUUUAUUUAUGAUAUCUACAGCUGUGUUUUGUGCAAAAAAACUUAGUGACGAAAGCCCUGUCUUUUGUUAUAAUCUGAAUAAUUUCUCAGGAUAUUUUUGCACUGUUGAGAAGCAGUGUCAUUACCAGUUAAUUCUUGCCAGGAGUGAGAGAGAGCUGCGUCUUUAAUUGAAACAUGCUUGCUGUGACGGGGUGUAUAGAGCUCUUCCCCUUUUUUACGCGGGAAGAUAUUUCACUCUGGUGACCACUCUGCUACACUCUGGUGUUCUCUAACCUUGUCACUGUAUAGUUUACUUUUCCAUAUUGAUUCCAUGUAUUUAUGAGAAGAUACUGUCUCCCAUUUUAUUACACAUUUUAAAGCCAACAAACGAAGGCAGCUGAGUCCCUCAGAAAUUUUUCUUUUUAAAUUUCUAAUAAAUUUGACACAGUCCUGAAAUGCAGCAGCCCGUCACUGACGGUCUGGUCUAGCAGUGUUAAGUAUAUUUACAGAAUAUGCAGUUACCUUUAUUUAUAUAUUUUGCAAGAAAUCUUUUCUGAAUGAUCAACGCAUUUCAAUUUACAAAUAAUUAUGGUUAUUGGGGAACUGUUUAUUACAGAUCAUUUUCAGGUGUAUAGCUAUUUUAAAAGGGAUCCAUUUCCAUCAAACAGCUGAUCAGAGGACUAUUGGGAUUGAGCCGUGUACUCUGUCUGGAUCUUCACGCCAACCAUCUCUCUAGUCAAACCUCACAAGGCAAUAUUCUGAACUGUUAACUAGGCAUUUCAACACAGGAAUUCAAUUCAAUAGGCUCUUCUCAGUGAACAGGUUUUAAUGUUGUUUUGAUGUAAUUUUAAAAGACUUUUAGCAAAGAUGCAUUUCUUUAUAUAUUUCUUUUUAGAAGCUAUUUUAAAAGUAAGGCACGUGCUGUUUAGUCUGCAUAUGGAGUAGGAGUUGCAUCAGAGUCCAUGUAUUCUUGCUGUACAAUGCCUGCGAUGUUGAGGAGGGUUCUUUUUUAAAGUGUAUGCUGGGAAUCUGACUCUGAGGAGUCUACAAAGUGCACUGACUUUUGGUUUGUACCCCCAAAGGAUUGAAUUGUUAAGAACAAAAUUAAGCCAAUUAAUCAAUUUGUAACCAUUUUUUCACUCACAAACAGCUACUCAGCAUAAGCAAUUUUGUUUUAUAUAUGUAUGUGUAUGUAUGAAAAUACAUACAUAUUAAUUUAUAUUAGAGUGAAAAAUAAAUGGUUUGUUUCUAAAGUUAGUUUCUAAAGUGAGUUUUCAGAUGUCUCUGAAAAGUUUUUAUCAGACACUUAAUCAUCAUGUAUUAUAUGUGCUAUGACAUCAUGUGAGUUACCUCCAUCUAUUUUAGGGUAUUUUCCUCACCUAUGUAUUACAGGGAAGGUAAUGUAGGUACACAAGCUCAGAGCUGAGAUAUUUCUCUGACAAAUCAGGUAAUAAAAUUUUAUUUAAUUGAUAGAAUUUUGAAGUAGAUGUGAUUUUAUCUAUCAGUUUCUGAGUAACAAAGAGCACCAGAUUUUGACUUAAAUAGGGGAUUUAACUCUAGGGAUCAGGGAAUGUAGAUAUGAAGAGUUAAAAAUAAAUAAACAGUGUAAGCUGUUGAAAUGGUAAGUGAAUUAUUUUAAUGAUGUAAUAAGAUAUUUUUAAAUUUUGACAUAGUUAUUAUAUAGUGGGAAAAUAACUCAUCAAAAUGUCUCCACUUGAGUUGUAUUGAUAUGUGAGAUGUGUGUAACUCAAUAUAUACAUAUACCCAUAUGUAUAUACAGAAAAUUAUUUUUAAUAUUUUCCUACUAUAUGAAAUUUAAAAUUGGAAAUUUUCUGAGUUUUUUCCUUGUCCAAUAGAGCCUAAUUUUUUUUAAAGUGAUCUAACAAUUUCUUGAGGGCUGCACCUUUAAAUUCCCAGAUUGUCAUUAGACGUGUACAGUAUAUGGGAUAAGGUGGACACAAGUGCACAUAUAAAUAAAAAUCUUAAGACUAUUUUAAACAUUGAUUUAUGGUAGGAGAGUAUCUAGAGUCAUCAUUUUCAAGUCAUAAUUAGGUUGUGUGCCUACUGUAGUUUUCUCCAUUUCUGUAUUAUAGAAAUAAAAGUUUGCAUAUUAAAAUUUGAUUUUCCCAGAGACAAAUAUUAUAUAAUGUAUCUAUAUUUAGAUCAAACUGUGGUAAUAUAUUUGUCAGAAAGUAAUGUUGGGGACUGUAGCCUGAACAUGUGGACUCGAAGUGACACAGAAAGGAGAGCCGAGGUUGAUCCCGUUGUGUAUAAGUUAUUAUAUGAAAACUGAAUUCUUGUACAAAAAAACCACUGAAGAAAAAGAAAGACAAAAAUACAGUUUUUAUUUUGACAUACAUUUGUUGUUCUCUGGAGAAUGUACUUUAUCUUUCCCCCCCCCCCUCAGUCUUUUACAGAUACUUUUUAAAAAGCGUUCAAGUGAUGGCAGCAUUUACUUAAAUCUUACAGGUGCUAUUGGAUUUUACAUUAGUGUGAUUUCGUUGUGAAACCCUAACUUUGACAUAAAAGGUUUUGUAAGUAUUUUCCUGCCUGGGAAAUUAGUUUUGGUCUCUCUCUCUCUCUCUCUCUCUCUCUCUCUCUCUCUCUCUCUCUCUCCCUCUCCUCUCUUUCCCCCCUCUCUCCCCUCUCCCUCCGCCUUUCCUCCCUCCCCCUCUCUCUUUUUUCUCUCCCUUACUGCAGAUUUUACAAAGUUCAUGAAGGUGCAUCCCUGCCCUCACAGAAGAACUCCAGCACCAUCAUAGAUUUAAUGUUUUGCUGUCAUUGAACUGUUGGGAGGCAAUUACAGUAGAGAAAAAACUUACACUUUUUUUUCCUCCAAGUGGAACUUGAAAAAGGGACACUCAAAAUUAAACCAGUACCACCUUUUUAAAGUUAUUUGUUUGUUAAAGAAUUAAAUUCCUUGUUCAAAUUAAAUUCAUUCUUUAACAAGUGUGCUACAGUCUUCCAUGUUUUCAUUUAACUCUGGAGUACGCAGCUCGCCUGCUCUCUCCUGCGCACCUGAUUUCUGUCCGUUCUGGAGUGGGAGGCAGGCAGGGGGAACAUUUGUUAGGUGGCAGCGUUUGUUUGUGUGUUUGUUUUUCAAUA